UCAUCAUGAUCAGUGGGACUUAUUCCCGAGCCCACGGUGCAUAAGAUGGGCUGCAAUCCUAUGCACCCCUUGCAUCCAACUUGUACCUAAAACUCUGCAUGAGCCUGCACCAGAGAAUUGUAGAGUUGGAAGGGACCCCUGAGGGUCAUUUAGCCAAACUCCUGGGGCAAUGCAGGAAUCUCCAGCAGGACCAUCCCUGACCGGUGGCCAUCCUUCUUCUGUUUUUCCCCUCAGCCAGGAAGAUACAACAACGGAGACUAGAGCUGCAGCCGCUAUGCCUUGUUUCCGGACUUCACCCUCCUCCUUGUGCCUCUUCCUCUUCCUCCUGGCUUCCAGCUCUGCCUCUGAAGAUGAUACUGUGGUGGUCACCAGUAGCGGUCCUAUUAGAGGCAAAAGACUCCCGGCUGGCCCUGGCUCUGUGACCGCCUACCUGGGCAUCCCCUAUGCUGAGCCCCCCAUAGGCAAACUGCGUUUCCAGAAGCCGGUUCCACAUCAGCCGUGGAGCCAGGUCUUGGAGGCCACCACCUUUGGCAACUCUUGCCUUCAGUUUAAUAACGAUUCCUUCCCUGAUCGACCCAUAUGGACUCCAAACACACCACUUUCAGAGGACUGCCUCUUCCUCAACAUCUGGGUGCCCCAUCCACGACCAGUCACACCAGUGCCCAUCCUCCUAUGGAUCUAUGGUGGGGGUUUUAGCAUGAACUCAGCCUCAGCAGAUGUCUUAAAUGGAGGCUUACUAGCUGCUACAGAGAAUGUCAUUGUGGCCUCCAUGAAUUACCGUGGAGGAAUGUUAGGUUUCCUGUACUUGCCGCCAGCUGCCCCAGGAAAUGUUGCAUUGUGGGACCAACAUCUGGCUCUGAAGUGGAUGAGUGAGAAUGCAGUUGUCUUUGGCGGGGAUCCAGCUCGGUUGACUCUCCUUGGCCUCGGUUCUGGAGCAGCCUCAGUUGGUUUUCACCUGCUUUCACCGGCAAGCCAACCCCUUGUUGCCCGUGGUGUGCUUCAUAGUGGAGCUCCCACUGCCCGCUGGAUUUGGAGGAAUCCGGAAAAGGCUGAAAGAGAAUCAGCGAUGUUGAGUCAGCUCAUGGGGUGUCCUAAGACUAACCACAGUGCGAUGGUCAGCUGCCUCCAGGGAAAGGAAAUUGAGAGCCAUGCACUUUCUGAACUCUGUGGUAUCAGAUCAAUAACAGCAGAUGGGGAAUUUCUCACCGAUGAGCCCAGAAAGCUCCUGGAGAGAGGCAUUCAAGGCAAACCCAUUCUCACUGGUGUCAUGGCUAAUGAAGACUCAUUCAUGGCAUACCUUAUGCUUCCUAGUGCUGAAGUAAAUGAUGGGAUCCUGACCUGGGAACAGCUUCUUGAGCGGGUGCUGGAAACUCUGAAAACAGAAGAGGUUGCCAGGGCUAUAGCCCUGAAGUAUGCUGAAUACUUUCAAGGGCCAGAGCGGUACCGUUUGGCCUUGAUUCAGUAUUUGGGAGAUUAUCCCCUUUUAUGCCCAAUGAUGGAGUUUGCUGCAAAGGCCAGGGAAGUUGGGAGCCCAGUUUAUGCUUUCUACUUCAGCCACCGCAGUUCUGGCUUUCCUUGGCCAGAGUGGAUAGGGACCCCCCACGGAGCAGAGAUCCCCUACUUGUUUGGAAACUUGGCAGCAUCAUUGCGGAAAGACCCAUCGGAGGCGGAGGUGGAAUUGAGCCGGCGAGUGAUGCGAUACUGGGCGGAGUUUGCCAGAAGCGGGAAUCCCACCGGAUCUGCGCCGAAUGAGGAACAGUGGCCAGUCUACAAUGCUACAGAGCAGAACGUCUUCCACAUUACCACAGAGGCAGCCCAGCACAAAUGGACGCCACCUGGUUCACGAUGUGCUUUCCUGGCCACUCAUCUAGCAAAUGAAAUAGAAGCAAGGAAAUCUGAAGAAGGUUGUAUACCACCUGUUCAGGAGAAAGAUGUGAAGAAUGACGCCCGAGAUGGCGAAAACCAUGCCUCAGGAACUGUUUAGCUAGGCCAAACUCUGAGGGAUCUGCAGCCAUGUACAAAACAUACGGUAGCAUAGGUAUUCAUUGCAAUAAACCUGAACGAGGAAAUAAAUUACUGUGAUAUGAAUUGAAUAAAAAUGUAAACCCUUUUCAGGCAUUUGGUAUCUCCAGAAUACAGUGGUACCUCAGGUUAAGUACUUAAUUCGUUCCGGAGGUCCGUUCUUAACCUGAAACUGUUCUUAACCUGA